CAUCAAUAACUUUUGUUGCUCUUUUAAGUUAAAUGGAAUGUCUGAAGACUAAAUAAUCCGACCACCAAUUUUUUAUAAAAGAGGGCGGCGGAGUAUUAUAAUAGAUCUGUUUGCACAUAUUUCUUCCACUUUAACUUUGGACCUUUAUUCCGCUUAGCAAUUCAAACGUUCGAGCCUGCUACGUGACCGCUGACCGCCGAACACAAACCGCCUGAUUAACGACUCAAAUGUAAACUGAGUUGCCAAAAUAUUUUCUUCCUGCUCGCAAUCACCAAAACGGUGGCAGCUUGCAGCACAGGUUUUGUUGCAUGGAAACCUUUGUUCUUAAGAUCUUUGAUAUUCUUCGUUUCUUUCAGAUUUCUGGUGAUCUUUGGAGCCACUUGUCAACUGUAUUUAAAGCGGAUUGGACUACAGAAAAGAGGUGUCUGGAUGUGAUAAAAUCGACCUAUGAAGAAAAUAACUACAUCUUUGAUCCUCACACAGCAGUGGCUAAAGACGUAGCGGAUCGCUUUGCAAAUCCUCAUCGACCCCUUAUCAUCUCUUCAACUGCCCACUAUAGCAAGUUUGCGUACGAUGUUCUAAAAGGACUGUCAAAAUUACCAGCAUCCCAAGGUCCUUUGGACUUGUUUGGGAGUCUAAACAAACUUGGUGCCAACCCUUCUGCGCAUGCCAAUCUUGAAACUGUUGUCAAGCGAGAUCAAAAGCAGAAUACCACGUGCUUAGCGGAAACUAGUGUAAUCAUGAAGGAAAUAGAAGCCUUUUUAAGUCGAUGAUUGUGGACGGGGAUUUUAGCGACUGAUAACUCGAACCUUCAAGGGAAAUCGAAAAAUGUUGGAGGCCUUGCGAGUUGAAAACAAAGGACCGAAAACAAGGGAAAACGGUGUUUGCUGUUUUUCUAUUCGUGCAAUAUACUUUUUAAUCAAAUUUAAUUCUAGAGAAGUCGAGUGAAAAUGGAACAUUAAAUUACUGCAGAAAUCGUGACACAACGUAAAUGUUUUGGACUGCAGUAAACUGUUUUUUUCUGA